GAGCGAGCGUAGCAGAGCAGUUUCCGUUAUCCAGUUUUCUCUCUCUUUCUCCCGAUUCUUUCUCCAACAGAGAAAAUAGCGAAAUGCAAUUUUCUCGCUCGCGAAAAUUAUAAGGAGAACAAUUUAAGGGUUAGGGUUUCCUGUUUCCUGCGUCGUUUCUGUUCCUGUUUAUGCCCUGCAGAUUGCUCGAGAAACAGUCAUGGUUUCUGACUCGGUCACAGACUCAAGCCUCUACUCUGGGCCUCCGAACUUGGGUGAUUUCACGAAGAAGAAGAGGGCGAAUUGGUACUCAAAACUGAAGCAAUGGAAAGUUGAUGCUCGUCGCAGGCAAUGGCUUUUCCAUUUGAAGAAGGGACAUGUAGGUGAAGACGAAAAUGGCGUCUUUGGAACGAAAUCUUUGACUGAGAAGAAAAUGGACGGUCCUUUCGGUUACCUACACAUGGGGAGGAAUGAUGAACAGACUGAUGAUGCGCUCACCAAGUGGAAUAUUAGAAGCGAUGCACAUUCAUCGGCUGGAAGUAGCCCCACAAGCGUGUUGACGAGCAAAGAUCCGGACAGUAAGAGUAGUGACUGUUUCUGUUGCUCGGAGAAGAUGGGAGAGGGAGAGGAAGAGGAAGAAAUUUACGAUGAUGCUUUUGACAAUUUUGAGGGUUUUAUGGAUGCAUUAAACUACUUUGACGACGAGGACAAAAUCCCGUCACCAGAGAGAAUGACUGCAGACGAAAAAUCACCGAGGAUGAGUCAAUCAAGCAGUUUUCCCGACAAAAGCCCUUUACUCGAUACGAAGAACUCGGAGAAAGAAUCACCAAAGAUAAGCCGGAGAAAGAGCUCUCCCAAGAAAAACCCUCAAGGGAAGACGGAGAAGUCAGAGCAAGAACAAGCUUCAAGCACCCAGCAGAGAAUCUCUAACACAGAACCACUUCCAUGUCCCAUAUGCUGCGAAGUGAUGGAUGCAACCGAUUUAAGUUUCUUGCCAUGCCCUUGUGGGUUCAAGGUAUGCCUUUUCUGCCAUAAAAAGAUUGUUGACAACGACGGUCGCUGCCCUAGUUGCAGGAAAGAUUAUCAGACAAGCAAUGCCAGUGGAGAAGUGAGUUUUCAGCAGCGUGGCCGGGGGAUUCUUCGCUUGUCUCCGUCGUUCAGAGGCCUUGACAGGGCCUAGCGAUGCUGAAGAUUGAGUUCCACCGUAUAUUUUUUUUUCCAUUUCCUUUCUCAGUUUUCGGGUUUGGAAGUUAGCAGUUGCAGGGUUUUUUCCUCUCGGAUUCCGGUGAUUCUUUUCGACAUAAACCUGAUUAAGGUUGUGAAUAGAGAGUCCAUGUUUUUUGUU